GUCACCGGUAGCCACACCGCGAAAGCAACAGCAAGUAAGAUUGACCGGUGAGUCGCGAUCAGGUAGCCAGCAGGCGGCCAGCAGCAACCAGGAGAUCGUCGGCAUGGCCAGGUCGUGGUCUUCGUCGUCGGCUCUGCUCCUCGCCCUGCUCGUGUCCGCGGCGUGCCUGGCGCAGCUGGGCUCGGCGACGCGCCCCGUCCCGGCCCAGAAGGCGGCGGCGGCGGAGGACGUGAAGCGCUCCGACACGGUGCAGGAGGGGACGGUGCUGAUCCCGGGGAUCGGGCGGUACGAGAUCGGCAGCCACUACAUCCCGAACAUCGGCGGGCUGGACCACAGCAUCCCCGCCGCCGCCAACGGGCAGUACCUCCCCGGCGCCGACGACACCUGGGUACCCAACCCCGGCUUCGAGGUCCCCAACCCCUUCCGCCCCGGCGCGGCAACUCCAUGAUCACAACACCCACGAGCCCAGAGACGGCGGUGGUGCUCGACCGGUCCGUCGUCUCGGCCUCGCCAUUCCCAGAAUAAUCCUCCACUAGCUACUACGAGUAUAUAGCUAGAGUUGUGUUCCCUGCAUGCACGCAUGUCUGUGUUGUCCGUCC